AUGGAGAUUAGAGGAGGAGUUUUGGUGGGAGAGGAAGUGUCUCCAGGAUACCACGUCGACUCUGUCGGUAUCGGCGGUGAAGUCAUUCGCCAGUUGUACCAGGGCCCCGCAGCACGAACACGCGCGACCUGGUUCCUGAUCCGCAGCAACCCUGGACUAGUACGCCUAUCUUUCCACAAAUCAUGGUCGAACCUCAAAUUCGAGAACGACAAAAAACCUUUCCACCCGCCCAACCAAGGCCUGUACACCACGCCACAGUCCAUGUGGAUGAGCGACGAAGCCGAGUCCUUUCUCCAGGAGAUGUUUUCGACACACAUUCCGAAGUUGAGGCAUCUGGAGAUGGGGCAUGGGAUUGAGGGGAGUCUCGGUGGAGAUGGUGACGGCAACAACAGCGAGGAGGACAACAGCAACAGCACUACCGCCAUCGAUCUCGUCACUUUCCCACGGAACGCGGUUCUCGAGUGGCCCUCCGUCGAAUCAAUCACCAUCUCUCCAUACAAACCAGACCCAUACGACCUGGCAAAGAUCGAGAAACGCCAAACAUGGAUGGUCGGAAGUAGAUCCAUCAGUCCACUAUCGCCGUUCACCCAAAACAUGGGUGACCUCCUUGAUGCCCUGGUCCGGUUCCAGGGUGUCACACACUUCAACGGUUCGAUCACUCUCCCCUCGGCGGAUAUGUUUCGACAGCCCUUGUGGGCCUUCCCUGCGUUGACAAGAGUAGAGUGUUCCAGUCAAGGACGAGGCGAAAUCUUCAUCACCGAUACUCUAGGAGGUAACGAUUAUGAUAUCAAACAACACCCGAUCCAGGAACUGGUCCUCCGCCACAACAUCGGCAUCGGCUCCUCGCAGGAUGUAGAAUCGCUCUUCUUCCAAAUGCCGCAUCUUGUGAAAGUCGAGAUACAUGGCUACGAACUUGAUGGCGCCGCUGUGUUGGAGAUAGUCCGGAACUGUAGACGCCUACGACGCGUCUGGUUCGAUCUCAAGAAACCCGAUGACUACUAUGAAGAGGAGGGCGGUUCAUCAUUGUCGUUUCGGGUGAUGGUGGAUAUUUUGGUUGAGAGCCCCGAGACUUUAAUGAGCUUGCGAGGAAGGGGACAUAUUGUUCUUGCGCAGGACUUGGUCGAGAGUCGGGAGUGGGGGUGUAAGGAGAUGGAAGAGUUGGAUAUUGAGAUCUUUGGUGUCCCGAGACUGACGAAGGGGCAAGAGGAGGUAUUGGAUGCUCUAUCAAAGUCCGAUCGGGGUAUCGUCGCCAAGCAGCAGCAGCAGCAAGAGAGGGAUGUUGAUACAGCUGAGCAGAUCCGACGUCGAUUGCAACAGCUUAGAUCCGGAGAUGAGCUGACAUCCGCGGAGGCCGAGGCACUGGAUCGACGACUAGUUUCGUACGCAGUACAGAGGAAAGUUUACCAGCGCCUCGGGGAACUAACCCAGUUGAAGAGACUCACAUUCGGACGCCGGACAGAGUACUUAUCCCGAGUCACCCCCGCACGUCUGGACACACUCGAGUUCUCGUUGGCGUCGGGCUUGACCGAGCUUGGACUUGAAAAACUGGAUAUUGAGGUGUUUGAAGUCCCGAGACCGACGAGGGAACAGGAGAAGGUGUUGGGAAAGUUGUGGGCGCUCGACCCAUCCUGGUUCAGAGCUACGACUGACGGAGCGACCGCCGUCGCGGAACUGCAGGAUGUUGAACUGGAGCAGGCCCGCGAGAGACUACGACAGGUCGGGUAUGAGCUGACACCGGAUGAAGCCGAAGCACUAGAGCAGCGACGAAGGUGCCUGACGCAACUUCAGCAGAUCUCCUUCAUCUCUAACCUCGACCGUACUACCGGGAGACAGGAACGAUUCGACGGUCUCGAGUUCAAUUCGAUGCGUAGUCUUGGAGGGCAGGCCGUUUUGGACCACGUCAAGGUGAUUUGUUUCUCUCAGCCAAAGCCCGCUAUCAACGGGGCGGAUUAUGAAUGA